AUGCCGGUUCUCGCAGUAGUCCAACGUGCCUUUCCUCUGGGCCUGUCUUGGAAGCGAAGACCAUCCCCUGACAAGGGCAAGGCAAAAGACAUUACCCUCCAUACGACCGUUGAGCGUUUUCUCCCAAGCCUUGACGAUGACAUUCUUCAUCUUGGCAUGAAGAGGACCAAACUCGCCGCCCCAUUCUCUCUGCAAUGUGACGAUGCGCACGGCAUGCAUGUAGCGGUGAAGCCGGGCCCCGAUCCCUCCCAACUUCCCCGUUGUCCUGUCCUCACGUCGGACAAUUCCUCAAGCGAAUCAUUGGCAGAAGACUCCGAGGUCGAAUGGACGACUCAUUUGCCUGUCUCAUCGAGUGGCGGCUCGUCGACCGGGACUCGGCUAGCGCGUGUGGUGCAUUGGGCGAGCAUCGUUCCGAGUCGGUCAGGCUGGUCAAAGGAGCAGGAGAGGAGACUCUUGAUGGCUCAGAAGCAACUUGCUAUCUGUCAAAAGGCCUGGAGCUCGGAGCAAGAAUUAUGGCUGGAUCAUGUCCAUAUUCUGAGCACAGAAAAAGCAGCCCAUGAAUGCUUCAUGCUGAUGCGCACUCGGCAACAAGAGGACGAACGUGUUCAAUUUAGCCGGGCAUGGAGAAGACGUCGGUCCACAGAGUCGUUGUUCAGCAGUGGUGAAGAAAGUAAGACGGACAAGGAGAAGAAUCCUGGUGCAUUUCUCAAUCUGCGUCGAUUACAGCGCCGCGGUUGA